CUCGCUCUUCUGAAGCAACGCGUGAUUUGACGUCAGUCUCGCGAUGCUAGAGCCGCCGCCGGAAACGAGCAGCCUGAGCGAUGCUGAGUCGUCAACAACAACAACAAUAACAAGGGGAUCUUCCUGAGUGGCGGCCACACUGUGCCCGGUUUCUAAAUGAGCACAACAAGGUGUAAAGAAGGGAGCAGAGGAUCAUAGAGCAGUCAUCAUGAAGCUGUAUGUGUUUCUGGUGAACACAGGAAUCACCCUUACAUUUGACACCGAGCUUGCAGUACAAACGGUGACUGACCUUAAACAUGCUAUUCAGGCGAAGUACAAGAUUGCUGUUCAGCACCAGAUACUUGUCGUAAAUGGAGGAGAAUGCAUGGCACCUGACAGGAGGGUGUGCAGUUACAGCGCUGGUACUGACACCAAUCCAAUAUUCCUCUUCAAUAAAGAGAUGAUAUUAUGUGAACGGCCUCCAGUUAUUCCUAGGACUACAUUUUCUGCGGAGAAUGAAAUGGAAUUAAAAGUUGAAGAGUCCCUUAUGAUGCCUGCUGUAUUUCACACUGUCGCCUCCAGGACACAGCUUGCUGUGGAAAUGUAUGAGGUAGCCAAGAAGCUUUGCUCCUUUUGUGAAGGACUGGUUCAUGAUGAGCAUCUACAGCAUCAGGGUUGGGCUGCUAUUAUGGCCAACCUAGAAGAUUGUACGCAUUCAUACCAAAAGCUGCUUUUCAAGUUUGAUAAUGCCUAUUUAAAAUAUAUACAGUCUGUAGAUGAUAUCAAGAUGAAGUUAACAAAUUUAGGAACCGCUGUUUCUGUCAUGGCCAAGAUCCCGCUGCUAGAGUGUCUAACUCGACAUAGCUAUAGGAUGUGCUUAGAUAGGUUGAUGUCUUCUACGGAUGGAGAAGUUGAUGAACUGGAGGCUGACAAGACAACGGACAUAGUGCAAUAUGAUGAAACAAAACGAAAACAUACGGCUUUAUUAGCUUCUCUUUCUACAUCUGGAGAACAUGUAUCCCAGGAAAUACAUGACAAUCGUACAGAGGAAGAGAAUCCAGAGUCUAUGAAUCCUUCAGAGGAGCAUAUGGCUGAGGAAAGCCAACUAUUCAAUGUUUCACUGCUAGACUGGAUAAAUGUACAAGAUCGGCCCAAUGAUGUUGAGUCAUUGGUCAGGAAAUGUUUUGACUCUAUGAGCAGACUGGACCCGCGAAUGAUUCAGCCGUUCUUGGCAGAGUGCCGACAAAAUGUUGCCAAAUUGGAUAAUCAGAAUAUGAAAGCCAUCAAGGGGCUGGAAGAUAGACUUUAUGCACUGGAUCAAAUGAUUGCUAGCUGCAGUAGGUUGGUUAAUGAACAAAAAGAACUUGCUCAGGGAUUUUUAGCCAAUCAGAAGCGGGCUGAAAACUUGAAGGACCCCUCUGUAUUACCUGAUUUGUGUUUGAGCCAUGCAAAUCAACUGAUGAUCAUGUUAACAAACCACAGAAAGCUGUUGGAUAUCAAACAGAAAUGUACCACUGCCAAACAGGAGCUUGCCAAUAACUUACAAGUUCGAUUAAAGUGGUGCUGCUUUGUAAUGCUGCAUGCUGAUCAAGAUGGGGAAAAACUUCAGGCUUUAUUUAGACUUUUAACAGAAUUACUUGAAAGGAUCAAGAUAGUGGAGGCACUUAGUACAGUUCCUCAGAUGUAUUGCUUAGCAGUGGUUGAAGUUGUAAGAAGAAAAAUGUUCACAAAACACUACAGAGAGUGGGCUAAUGCCUUGGUAAAAGAUGGAAAAUGUCUCUAUGAAAACGAGAAGGCAAAAAGGGAAACUUUUGGGAAAAUCUUUAGGAAAUCCUACUUAAGAAAUCGUCUCUUCAGAGGACUUGACUCUUGGCCUUCAUCUUUCUGUACACGAAAGCCGCGAAGGUUUGAUAGUGAGCUUCCAGAUAUCUCUUUGAACGACCUGCAGUUUUUACAGUCGCUUUGUCCUCCAGAAGUCCAACUUUUCCUCAGGGUCCCCUUACUUUGUGAUUUUGAACCUCUACACCAGCAUGUACGUGCUCUACAUAACUUGGUAAAAGCUGCACAAAGUUUGGAUGAAAUGUCACAGACCAUUACAGAUCUGUUAAAUGAACAAAAGGCGUCUAAUGGACAGCUUUCCCCCCAAUCUGUAACAACACCAAGGAUUGAAAAUGCAACCGAAAUUACAACUACUACCUCAUCCAAGUCUCCUUCAUCGCUUAGUCUUCAGGGUCCCAUUUGUCCUUCUGUUGCCAUUCCAGGACCUUUAGAAGAACUAUCUCCAGAUAGCAUUGAUGCUCAUACCUUUGACUUUGAAACAAUUCCGCAUCCAAAUAUUGAACAGGCUAUUAAACAGGGUUCUUUGGAUUUAGACUCACUAGCAGAUAGUCCAGAAUCAGAUUUUAUGUCUGCAGUCAAUGAGUUUGUUAUAGAGGAGAAUCCUGUCUCUCCCAAUAUUAGUGAUACACAGAGUCCAGAAAUGAUGGUAGAGUCUCUAUAUUCCUCUGUUAUAAAUGCAAUCGACAGUAGACGUAUGCAGGACACAAAGACAAAAGCAAAAGAUGACAGCAUUGAAAAUGCCUCCUUGAAAACUUGUCUCGAGAAGUGUAAAAUGGUUGCCCAGCAUUCACAAGCUAAUUUGAGGCAUGUCAAAGAAGAGCUUUGCCAUUUGAGAAAACAUGUGCAAAGUGAGCAGGCUGAAUUUGCAAAUGCUAUUAAAACAGUUUCGGCUGAUAUUCUAAAUAUGAUUGAACACACCAAGGUUUCUCUUGAAACUGCCUUAAAAGUAAAGCAUUUAGAGGAAUUGCAGCUUUUAGAAGAAUCCUACGAGAAACGACUCCACCAAACGGAGCAAGUGAAUGAGAAAACCAUUGCCAAGUUAAAACUUGACAUUACAGGCCUAAAUGAUGAUAUGCGGAGUAAAGAUAAUGAAUUUGCUGCAAUCAGAAGGGAAAAUGAAACCUUUCUUUGUUUACAGAGUGAAAAGGAUGAAAAAGUUAUCCGCCUUGAAAGUGCCAUGAGGGAGCAGACGUGUGAAAUUCAGAGGCUUAAACAGUCUCGGGAAGCAGCACUAGAAGAUAUUCAGAAGCUUCAUGCCGAAAACGAAGAAAAACUUCGGCUACUUAAGGAGGAAUUUCAAAUUUUAGAGCAAAAACAUUUAAGAGAGUUAGAAGAAAAUUUAAAGCUCAGGCAUGCACAAGAACUUGAAGAUAUAAUAUUAGAACAUAAGAGUAGUCUAGAAAAGAUAAAGAAUGAAAAUAAGCUCAAGAUUGACCAGUUGCAGGAAUCUUCCACAGCUACUGCUCAUGAGAAGGAAUCCCAGUUGCAGGUAUUAAAUAGUAGACUUUCUGAACUCUCUGACAUUCAAUGUAAAUUGGAGGUUGAAUUGGCGCUUAAAGAGGGAGAAAUAGAGGAAAUGAAGCUACUCUUGGAGGAAAGUAAAACGCAACAACAGGAUGACUUAAAAUGUCAACUUGAUGAAAAGACAGAAGCCCUAAAGAAGGAGAUUGAAAACCUAAAAAGCCUAAUACAAAAGCAGAAAGAAGAACACGAGCUCGGACUUGCCCAACUUAAAACAUUAUUGACAACUGAAAAAAAUCAGUGUAUUUCAGAGCUUUUAGAAAGGCACGAAGCUGAAAAAUGUUCGUUGCAAAGAGACAUUAGCCAUGUGACAUUUGUCCAUCGAAAAGCUCUAGAAACAGAGUGUAAGCUUCUAGAAGAGAUAAGUGUCCUACGUAGCCAAUUGGAUAGUAGUUUAAAAGCACUCGAAAAGCAAAGUGAAGAACACGAGAGGUCUAUAAAGGAGCAGAAGGACAUUUAUGAAGCUUCUGUUUGGAAACUUGAGGAAGAGCGAGAUCAAAUUUUGACCACUCAGAAGCUAGAGAGAGAAUCACUUGCACAAAAGGGUCCUUCUGAGAAGGAGGAAUGUGCACACCUUUCUCUUAAAGACUUAGAUGUACACAGACAUACUGUUGAAAAAGAACUUUUAGAAAAAAUUCAACUCCUUGAGCAGGAGUUAAAUAAGAGUUCUUCUGGGUUUGCACAUAGUCUGAUUCUUGAGCUUAAAGAAAAGCUUCAGCAGGAGAAACAGCUGAUCACCGAGCAACUUGACCAGCAGGAAAGGAAAAAAACUGAAGAAAUGCAGAACCUCAGGAUCUCCCUUAUAGCAGAACAACAGACAAAUUUUAACACCGUUUUAACAAGAGAGAGGCUUAAAAAAGAAAAUAUAAUUGAUGAACUGAAGGAGAAGCUGAAGAGUGUUACACAACAACAGGAAAGAGAUAAAGAUUUAAUUGAAACACUGUCUGAGGACCGUGCGCGUUUACUGGUGGAGAAGAAGAGACUUGAUGAGGAAGUUUGCAAGUUACGGAGUUUUGUGUCUUCGUCUCACACGGCUCCUGCCCCUGAGCCUAUCGGAGCUAUUGUGCCUGAACUUCCUUGUGAAGACGAAGAAAUUAGCAUGGCAGCUGUUCAUGAUGUUCCAUUGUCAGAGGAAAAACAAAAGAUUAUGCUGCUGGAGAGAACAUUGCAGCAAAAGGAAGAGGAGAAUAAGCGAUUAAAUCUGAGACUGAUGUCCCAGAGCUUGUCAUCUGUUUCUUCAAGGCAUUCUGAGAAAAUUGCAAUUCGAGACUUCCAGGUUGGGGAUUUGGUCCUUAUUAUCUUGGAUGAACGUCACGACAAUUAUGUAUUAUUCACAGUCAGCCCAACACUGUAUUUCUUGCAUUCAGAAUCACUUUCGGCAUUAGAUCUUAAGCCAGGUGAGUGUGCAUCUGGUUCCUCUAGAAGACCCUGGGUACUUGGUAAGGUAAUGGAAAAGGAGUACUGCCAAGCUAAAAAGGCUCAAAACCGAUUUAAGGUUCCCCUGGGUACAAAGUUUUAUCGCGUGAAAGCAGUGCCAUGGAACAAGAAAGUCUAAACUACCCUCCUACACUACUGUCACACACUUAUACCCUGCUUUUUUAUCCACAUAUAUCCGUAGCCUAAACAGCUGCUCGUCCUUUAUCUAUAAAGAUUGGAGUUCAGGUCCUUAAUGGUGUUGUAUGAUAAUUUCUUUUUUGGGUUUUUAUGUUUAGAAAUGUAAAUCUUACAUGAGAGGUUAUGCAUAUCUGCCCCUGGUUUUCUGUCAUCCAAACUACUUAAUAAUGUGGACCAAGACAUGUUUGUUUUUUCAAAGAGCAAGUGAUAUAAAGUUUUUUUCUUUUUAAUUUAAGCCACAUUUUCUGCCUGAUAAAUAUAAAUUAGCUUGUACUUAGAUGUAAAAUGUUAGUUACCAUUAUUACCAGCAUUUGUCUCCUUGUGAAACACAUUUAUCUUAAGUACUGGCACUCUUCAACACGUCCUUUAUAACCUGUGUAAAUUUUACAGCAAAGGGGAGUGUAUUUGGCAUGCAGAUAAUCACCAUUUUAUUUACUAUGAGUUUGCCUAAGUAAAAAAAAAAAAAAAUUAAAAAAAUAUAAAAUAAAAAUGCAAAAACGUAUGAUAUAUUGGAAUUUGUUCAUUUACCUGAAAUAUGGCUUGGUAAUAUCAUAAAGGAAAACAUAUGAAUUUUAUUGGCUGGUUGAUGCAGCUUUCCAAUGCACUUUUGGUUGAUUUCUUUAGGACAUUUUGAAGGGAAGAAUGUAUACAGCACUACAUGGCAUAAACCAUGCUAAAGCAACCCCAGCCAUACAGAAAUCCUUUGUUAUGUUAAAUAGAUCAUAUUGAUAAAAUUGUAUUUUAUGGUUGAACUUCAUUGUACAUUAACCAUACUCAAGUAACAAAUUAUUGUAUUGCAAAGACAUGUAGAGUUUUAAAACAAUAAAGAUUUAAAACUGUAAAUGUUUGAAAAUCUGUCUUUUAAAAAAAUAUGUAUACUGUACAUAUAAUAAAACACUAUUAUUGUGCAUAAUUUUAUUCAUGCAUCUAAGUUAUGUGAAAUGUUAUGCUCUAGUAAUGUUUUCCAAUAAAACAAGGGAAAAAUUG